GCCGGCGCUGCUUCAGCUGGUGGUGGGGAAAGGCCGGACCUGGUGGGUGGGGGGGCGACUUAAGCUGCGGCGACCUUCGGGGCUCCGCUGGAUCGGUGGCCGCCGCUGCUUCAGGAAACAAGGGUAGUUACUGUACAAAAAGAAUUUCACCAGCUAUGGAACUUGCUCAUAGUUUGUUAUUAAAUGAAGAGGCUUUGGCUCAGAUCACUGAAGCAAAACGGCCAGUUUUUAUCUUUGAGUGGCUACGGUUUCUUGAGAAGGUGCUUGUAGCUGCUAACAAGACAGAUGUAAAAGAAAAACAAAAAAAGCUUGUUGAACAGCUAACAGGUCUUAUUAGCAGUUCUCCUGGACCACCAACAAGGAAAUUACUUGCUAAAAAUCUUGCUGCUCUAUACAGCAUUGGGGAUACUUUUACUGUCUUCCAAACACUUGAUAAGUGUAAUGAUAUCAUCAGGAGUAAAGAUGAUACUUCUGCCUAUUUACCAACCAAGCUUACUGCAGUGGCAUGUGUUGGAGCAUUUUAUGAGAAAAUGGGAAGAAUGUUGGGCAGUUCUUUUCCUGAAACAGUUAAUAAUCUCUUAAAAUCUUUGAAAAGUGCUGAAUCACAAGGACGGAGUGAAAUAUUAAUGAGUUUACAAAAAGUCUUAAGUGGCUUGGGUAGUGCAGCAGCUUCUUGCCAUCGUGAUAUUUAUAAGAAUGCCCGGUCUCUCCUGACAGACAGAGCUAUGGCUGUGCGCUGUGCAGUAGCAAAGUGUUUACUAGAACUGCAAAAUGAAGCUGUGUUUAUGUGGACAACAGAAUUAGAAAAUGUAGCAACGCUAUGUUUUAAGGCACUGGAGAACUCAAAUUAUGGUGUACGAGUUGCAGUAUCCAAACUUCUGGGGACAGUUAUGGCUACAGCACUGAUACCAAAGCAAGCAGCAGUGAUGCGCCAGAAUGUGAAGAAAGCAACAUUAGAAGAGGUUUUAGAACUCAUGGCCACUGGUUUUUUGCGAGGUGGAUCUGGAUUCUUAAAAAGUGGUGGAGAGAUGUUAAAAGUAGGAGGAUCUGUUAAUCGAGAAGUACGAGUUGGGGUUACUCAGGCCUAUGUUGUCUUUGUCACAACCCUAGGAGGUCAGUGGCUAGAACGCAAUUUUGCAACUUUCCUGUCACACGUCCUGGAUUUGGUUUCUCAUCCUCGUGCAACUCAAACUCAUGUAGAAGCUGUCUACUCUCGGAGAUGUGUCUCUUUUAUCCUCAGAGCGACAGUAGGGAGUUUAUUGGGAGAGAAGGCACAGAUUGCUGCUGCUAAAGAUAUUUGUCAGGCUAUUGAUAAACAGAUGAAGGCAGUAGAAACAGUUGUGAAUGAUGCUAAUAUUGAAAACAAAUCAGGAGCAGCAGAAGUUGCCGCAAGUCAACAUGUAAUGGUUUGUGCUCUUCAAGAACUAGGAAGUUUAGUUCAAAGCCUGAAUGCCACUGCUUCACCACUUAUACAGGAACCUUCUAUAGGAUUGCUUGAGACUGUUACUUCAGUUCUUCUCCAUCCUAGUAUGGCUGCUCGACUUGCUGCUGCAUGGUGUUUGCGCUGUGUGGCUGUUGCUUUGCCUUUCCAGUUGACGCCAUUAUUGGACCGGUGUGCAGAAAGGCUUAACAACCUGAAGACUUCCCCAGAAGCUGUUAGUGGAUACAGUUUUGCAAUGGCUGCUUUGUUAGGUGGAGUUCAUCAAUGUUCUCUAGGCAUCCCUCAUGCCAAAGGAAAGAUGGUUGUUAGCAUUGCUGAGGAUCUCUUGCGGACGGCUGCACAAAAUAGCAGGCUAUCCUUACAGCGAACCCAGGCUGGGUGGCUUUUGCUGGGGGCUCUAAUGACUUUAGGUCCUUCAGUUGUCCGUUACCAUCUUCCUAAAAUGUUGUUACUGUGGCGAAAUGUGUUUCCCCGUUCGCUAAAGGAAUUAGAAGCUGAAAAAGCUCGUGGAGAUUCCUUUACAUGGCAAGUAACACUGGAAGGACGUGCAGGAGCUCUCUGUGCUAUGAGGAGUUUUGUUGCCCACUGUCCUGAACUUUUAACAGAAGAUGUUAUUCGAAAAUUGAUGACACCUAUUGAAUGUGCUAUGACAAUGAUGUCUCACAUUCCUUCUGUAAUUAAAACCCAUGGAGCACAUCUGAAGGCAAGCGCAGCAAUGGUUCGAUUAAGGCUUUAUGACAUUUUGGCUUUGUUACCACCAAAAACAUACGAAGGUUCUUAUAAUCCACUUCUUCGGGAGCUGGUGGCGGAAUUUACUCUGACAGACAAUUCUGCUAAUACAACGACCUCCCUGCUUAGGUCACUUUGCCACUAUGAUGAUAGCGUCCUUCUUGGCUCUUGGCUGCAAGAAACAGACCAUAAAUCAAUUGAAGAUCAGUACAAAAAGGAUGCUGAGGAAUUGGAAAGAGUGCAGAGAAGAACAACAAAGAUGCUCCAGCCCAACAGUGCCUCAGGUAGUGGUGCCCUAGAACACGAUCCCUCCUCCAUUUACUUGCGCAUCCCAGCUGGAGAAGCAGUGCCAGGCCCUCUUCCUUUGGGAGUAUCAGUCAUUGAUGCCUCAGUGGCUCUCUUUGGAGUUGUUUUUCCUCACGUGUCCUACAAACACAGGCUACAAAUGUUGGAUCAUUUUGCAGAAUGCAUCAAGCAGGCAAAAGGUGUUCGUCAACAAGCAGUGCAGCUUAAUAUUUUUACUGCUGUUCUCAGUGCAUUAAAGGGCUUGGCUGAGAACAAAAGUACCUUAGGACCAGAAGAAGUCCGCAAGUCUGCUUUGACUCUUGUAAUGGGAGCGCUUGACAAUCCUAAUCCUAUUUUGAGAUGCGCUGCAGGAGAAGCUCUGGGCAGAAUGGCCCAGGUGGUUGGGGAAGCCACUUUCAUUGCCAGGAUGGCUCAAUACAGCUUUGAUAAGUUAAAAUCUGCUAGAGAUGUUGUAUCAAGAACUGGCCACUCUUUGGCCCUUGGGUGUCUACAUCGCUAUGUUGGUGGAAUAGGUUCCGGGCAACAUUUGAAAACCAGUGUCAGCAUUCUGUUAGCGCUAGCACAAGAUGGAACCUCCCCUGAAGUUCAGACAUGGUCUCUCCAUUCACUUGCUCUAAUAGUGGAUUCCAGCGGACCAAUGUAUCGUGGAUAUGUGGAGCCUACCUUAUCUUUGGUCCUUACUUUACUUCUGACAGUGCCUCCAUCCCAUACAGAAGUUCACCAAUGUUUGGGUCGAUGUCUAGGAGCUAUAAUAACUACUGUUGGUCCUGAGCUGCAAGGUAAUGGAGCUACUAUUUCUACCAUCCGUUCCUCAUGUCUGGUGGGAUGUGCAAUUACACAAGAUCAUUCCGACUCUCUUGUUCAAGCAGCUGCCAUUUCCUGUCUCCAGCAACUUCACAUGUUUGCACCACGACAUGUUAACCUUUCCAGUCUUGUUCCCAGUCUUUGUGUUCACCUAUGCAGCUCCCACUUGCUUCUACGUAGGGCUGCAGUAGCAUGCUUGAGGCAGCUUGCCCAAAGAGAAGCAGCAGAAGUAUGUGAAUAUGCCAUGAGCUUAGCAAAAAAUACUGGAGAUAAAGAGAAUAAUGGGACAAAUAUUAAUCCUUUUGCCCUAGGACUUGGCUCUCGAAGAGAUAGUCAUGGCAGACAUCAAGGAAUUAAUAUAACAGAGACAGGAUUGGAAGGAGUUCUUUUUGGAAUGUUAGAUCGUGAGACUGAUCGGAAAUUGUGUUCUGAUAUUCAUGACACUUUGGGCCAUAUGCUUUCAUCUCUGGCAGUGGAAAAGCUCUCUCAUUGGCUAAUGUUAUGUAAGGAUGUCCUUGCAGCAUCCAGCGAUAUGACAACUACAGCUCCAUUAGGAGGUGAAAAAGAUGAAGAUUUGGAGAAGAAAGAUGAAAUGGAUGACGAUACAAUGUUUACUACACUGGGUGAAGAAGACAAAUCAAAGCCCUCUGUGGCUCCUCGCUGGGCUACUCGAGUAUUUGCCGCAGAUUGUCUGUGUCGAAUUAUCAUGCUCUGUGAACAUGCAAAUAAAGCCCACUUUGAUCUAGCUCUGGCCCGCUCUGCCAAACUUAGAGACCCUAAAAAUGACCUUCUAGUGCUUCAUCUCUCGGAUCUUAUUCGCAUGGCAUUUAUGGCUGCAACUGACCACAGCAAUCAGCUGCGAAUGGCUGGUCUCCAAACACUUGAAGACAUUAUCAAGAAAUUUGCCGCAGUUCCUGAACCAGAGUUUCCAGGCCAUGUAAUUCUAGAACAGUAUCAAGCUAACGUUGGGGCUGCCUUAAGACCGGCUUUCUCCCAGGAUACCCCUUCAGAUAUAACUGCAAAAGCUUGCCAGGUAUGCAGUGCUUGGAUUGGAAGUGGCGUAGUAAGUGACCUUAAUGACCUCCGCCGUGUUCACAACCUUCUGGUCUCUUCUUUGGACAAAGUACAAACAGGAAAAGGGUCUUCCAGCCAGCUGUAUAGGGAGAGUGCCACUACAAUGGAAAAACUGGCAGUCCUCAAAGCCUGGGCAGAGGUAUAUGUUGUAGCUAUGAAGAUUAAAAAAGAAGCAGAGACCAAACCAAAGAAAGCAGCAAAAAAUGGAGGAGAUGAUGACGAUGACGAUUAUGGUGCAGUAGAUGAGCUGCCACCAGAUAGUCUGAUAACCCUUGUUCAACCAGAGCUACCCACUCUUAGCCGUCUCUGGUUAGCUGCCCUCAAAGACUAUGCUCUUUUGACAUUACCAGCUGAAUUUGCAAGUCAGCUUCCUCCAGACGGUGGAGCAUUUUACACUCCUGAGACUAUUGAUACAGCUAGACUGCAUUAUCGGAAUUCAUGGACCCCAAUUUUACAUGCAGUUGCACUAUGGCUCAACAGUACAGGGUUUAAUGCCUGUGAAACAACAGAACAUGCCUCAGCAGCCACACCUCCACAAAAACAUGCCACACCCAUUAUGUUAAACCCAGCAUCAGAAACUCCACCUUCCACCAAAACUUUGCAAGAAAUAAAUAAAGAUAGAAUGCAUUUGAUUUUAGGUGUUAGCAUACAGUUUCUAUGUUCUCCUCGACCAGAAGAGCCUGUCGAACAUGUUAUGUCCUGUUUGCAAGCAGUGCAUACUUUACUUGAUUCUUCUUGUGCUAGAACCCAUAUUGCAGAAGAUCAGCUACUUGGUGUCGAACUUCUGAGUGUGCUCCAUCGACUCUUGUUGACCUGCAAUCCUCCGUCAGUUCAACUCUUAGUUACAGAAGUUGUGCAACAGAUUAUAAGAGCUGCUCAGGAUCAUUUACAAGAAAAAAGAAAUACAUUGAAUGAAGAAGAUGCAAAAGAAAAAGACAGUAGCUGCGGGCUGGGCGAAGGAGGAGACAGCGGUGGUCUUGUUCCAGGAAAAUCUCUUGUAUUUGCUGCUAUGGAACUGCUAAUGUUUAUCCUUGUGCGACACAUGCCACAUCUGAGCACAAAAAUGUCAGAUUCUCCAAGUCAUUCCUUCAGCAGAAUCCAACUCCCAGAAGAAAGUGCUCGCCUCGUGGCUGCCACCAUUGCCAUCCUGUCUGAUCUACCCACUCUUUGUUCCCCAGCUGGAUCUAUGACUAUAUUGCCCACUAUCCUCUUUCUAAUAAUACAAGUGUUGAAAGAUACUGCUAUAAAAACUGUGGGAAAUCAAGUCCUACCGCCAGUCAGUGCAGCACUUCAGGGACUGAAAAACAUAGUAACUCUUCCAAUGACCAUGAAUGAGAAUAUUCAUAAACAGUGGACAAAUCUUAUCCGCAGCACCCUAGCCUCAAUCUUGGAAUACUCUCAGCCAGAAGCCUCCAAGCCUACUUUAGAUGAAGUAAGUAUGCUUACUGCCAUUACACUCUUCCUUUGGUCUGCAAGCACUGAAAUAAUUGGAGUGCAAGCAUUGCAAAAUGGGUGCAUCAACAGAUUUAAAACAGCAUUGAAUUCAUCUGAUCCUUGGGUUCAAGCCAAAUGUUACCAUCUUCUACUUUCUAUAUUUCAACACACAAACCGUGCUCUCUCUACCCCAUAUAUACAUUCCCUGGCACCAAUAAUAGUUGAGAAACUGAAAGGUGUGGAGAAAAACCGUCCAAACAACAAAACAGAACUCUUAGCAAUCCAGGAGGGAAUUAAAGUUCUUGAAACAUUAGUUGCUCUUGGUGAGGAGCAGAAUAGAGUACAAUUGCUUGCUCUUCUUGUCCCUACACUCAUAUCUUAUUUACUGAAUGAAAAUGCAUUCUCUUCUGCAUCCCUGGUAUCAAAAGAACUUCAUGAAUUUGCUCUCCAGGAUCUCACCCGCAUUGGACCCCUUUAUCCUCUUGCAUUUAAGACAGUAAUGGGAGCAGCUCCUGAACUGAAAGCACGACUGGAAACUGCAGUACGAGCAAGUCAGGCAAGCAAAGCAAAGGCAGCUGCCAGGCAACCACCACCCACAGUACAUUCCACGCCAACAAUUAAACUUAAAACUAGCUUUUUCUGAUUCUUGUUGGAACAAUCAUAAAACACUCAUCAACGAAUACAUCAUUCCUUCUGUGCUGCUGUAUCUCAUUCUCUAUCUCUGAUUGUUUGUCAAUAGGCUCUACAUUAGCAAUGUAUGUUUCUAGGGCAUUGCUGUAUUAUGGUUUGAAAUCUGCACAUUGCAACAAAGGUGAUAUCUGGAUGUAUAUAUAUUUUUAUGAAAUGGAGUUAAGUUGACCAUCUGAGGUUGUGUUAAACUAUCUCCUUUAACAAUCUG